UUUCCAUUCAGUGACUCUGAGAGAGACCUCUGCAUAAGGCCUGCCUCCUCGUAAACCUGUGAACCGGGCAGAUACACGGCAGUCCCAGCUCAACCCCUGCAGCCUGCCAGCUCUUUCUCUCUCUCUCUCUCUCUCUCUCUCUCUCUCUCUCUCUCUCUCUCUCUCUCUCUCUCUCUCUAUUUGCAGACAGCAGCAGCGUCCUGUGAUUUCUCUUGAUGCUCUGGACUUCCACCGACUGAUCAAACUGUGAUUAAAUCUCAACUGAGCCCCACAGCCAAUUGAUUUGAAAGAAAAACUGUGCAAGAUCCUGCAUUCAAUUUUUCUUGCUCUCAUCAUCUCUCACACUUUCAAGCCGUACUGAGAGGAAGAUUGUGGGAUAUGUUGAUUGCCAUGGUGCUAUGGGGUAUCUGGCUGCCCUGCUGUCUCGGCCAGACCACCUCACCCUCUCAGGAUGGAAAAAUGAAGUUUCGCCUGUCAGGAUACCCUCGCAAGCACAACGAAGGGAGAGUGGAGGUGUUUUACAAUGGAGAGUGGGGCACUAUCUGUGAUGACGACUUCACCUUGGCCAACGCUCAUGUUCUCUGCCGCCAUCUAGGGUUUGUGGAGGCUCUGAGCUGGUCGCACAGUGCCAAGUAUGGACCAGGCACCGGUAAAAUCUGGCUGGAUAACGUCAUGUGUGGAGGAUCUGAAAACAGCAUAGAGAAAUGUGUGUCGCGUGGCUGGGGGAACAGUGACUGCACGCACCAGGAGGAUGCAGGGGUGGUGUGUAAAGAUGAGAGACUUCCAGGCUUUGCAGAUUCCAACAUCAUUGAGAUGCAGGUGGAUGAAAACCGAAUGGAGAAGAUCCGUCUGCGUCCGCUCUCUGGUGCCCAUGCUGGCCGUAUGCCUGUGACGGAGGGAGUGAUAGAGGUGAAGUUUAAGGAAGGAUGGGGUCACAUCUGCAACACUGGCUGGAACACCAAGAACUCUCGAGUGGUGUGUGGCAUGAUGGGAUUCCCUUCACAGAGAACUAUGGGAAAGAAACCAAGCAGUCUCCAGGCUGUGUAUAGGAUUCACUCAGUGGCCUGCACAGGAAAUGAGGCCCAUCUUUCAGCAUGCUCUAUGGAGUUCAGCAAGGCAAACUCUAGCGCCUCCUGUGCCGAUGGAGGAGCUGCUGUAGUCAGCUGUGUGUCCGGGCCACAGUUUACACAGAGCAGAGCUCGUAGAGUCAAGCUGAAUCCAAUGUCUCAUGUGCGUCUGAAGGGUGGGGCGAAGACGGGUGAGGGUCGUGUGGAGGUCCUAAAGGGGAGUGAGUGGGGUACGGUCUGUGACGACCACUGGAACCUGCAGUCAGCCAGUGUAGUGUGUAGAGAGCUGGGCUUCGGCACUGCUAAAGAGGCUCUGACUGGAGCACGAAUGGGCCAAGGUAUGGGUCCAAUCUACAUGAAUGAAGUUCAGUGUCGUGGUGAAGAGAAGAGCUUGUGGGACUGUCCUCAUAAGAGCAUCACUGCUGAAGACUGCAAACACAUGGAGGAUGCCUCCGUCAUCUGCAACAUCCCCUACAUGGGCUUUGAGAAAUCGAUCCGCCUGACAGGGGGUCGAACACGGUUGGAAGGCAGGGUUGAGCUGCUGCUCUCUACAGGCAAUGGGGUGAGGGACUGGGGUUUGGUCUGCGGGGAUGGAUGGACGUCUCGGGAGGCCAUGGUAGUGUGCAGGCAGCUGGGGUUGGGACAUGCCAGCAGUGGCCUGAGAGAAACAUGGUACUGGGACAGCAGUAAUGUGACGGAGAUGCUUCUGAGCGGAGUGAAGUGUAAAGGAGAUGAGAUGACUCUGACCGACUGUCAGCAUCAUUCAGUGGUCAGCUGCAAAAGAGCGGGAGCGCAGUUCUCUGCCGGCGUCAUUUGCUCACACACGGCUUCAGACCUUGUGUUGAACGCUCCACUGGUGGAGCAGACGGUUUACAUCGAGGACCGACCUUUGCACUUGCUGUACUGCGCAGCAGAGGAGAACUGCCUGGCAAAAUCAGCUGCUCAAGCCAGCUGGCCGUAUGGUCACCGUCGCCUGCUGCGCUUCUCCUCAGAGAUACACAACAUCGGCAAGACUGACUUCCGGCCACGGCUCGGACGACACUCCUGGGUGUGGCACGAAUGCCACAGGCACUAUCAUAGUAUGGAUAUCUUCACCUAUUAUGACCUGCUGUCUUUAAAUGGGACCAAAGUGGCAGACGGACAUAAAGCCAGCUUCUGCUUAGAGGACACUGAGUGCCAUGAAGGUGUUUCAAAACACUAUGAGUGUGCCAACUUUGGUGAGCAGGGCAUCACCGUGGGCUGCUGGGACUUGUACAGACAUGAUAUUGACUGCCAGUGGAUUGAUAUCACAGAUGUUAAACCAGGAAACUACAUUCUUCAGGUCGUAAUAAACCCCAACUUUGAGGUAGCUGAGAGCGACUUCACCAACAAUGCUAUGCGGUGCAACUGCAAAUACGAUGGCAACCGUGUCUGGUUGCAUAAAUGUCAUCUUGGAGAUUCGUUCAGCGAGGAGGCUGAGAAAGAGUUUGAACAUUAUCCUGGGCAGCUCAACAACAGGAUCUCUUAACAUUUUUGCAAAUGAACCCAGGGAACCCAGGAACUGCAAAAACCACACGACUCUUGACAAAAAGAAAUUUUAAUCACUUAAUUUUUUCUCUUUUGAUUCCAUUGCUACUGCGGUCCAAUCAGAUGUUGUCAUGCUGAGUUUACUUUAAGAUUAGGUCAUCAGACAUUAUCAUGUAGCCAAGGGCUUUAGAGACAGAACAGAGCUGUGAUUGUGGCCUGGGCUUUUGUCCAUGCAAAUGUACGUGGUUGGUUUAGAGGAAGACAAUAGCUAUACACUUCCUCUUGUACAAACACCUCAGAGCAGACGUUCACGUGAAACACGUUUCCUUUAAUGAAUUUUAAACAUGUAUCAGGGAAUUAUAAAAGAUGCUUUGUAUGGGUUUAUAGACCGAUUGCUGAUGGAAUUGAAGACUUGUACUUCAUCACAGUACAUGCAUUUAUGUGUAUGCCCAUGCAGGAUUUGCGUGUGCCUUGUGUAUAUUUGUAGAUUUCUGGAAUGUCCUAUAAUCAUGUUUGUAAAAUAUAGAAAUCUGCACUUUUAAAAA